AUGUCAACAGACGCUUUUAAAGGCAGGCUCCUUACUAUUAAUGAAGUUUUAUCAUGUAUUCCUCCAUCUGCAAAUUAUCCUCUUGAUACCAGUACUUCGAUUAACUCAACAAAAGUAUAUGGCGCUUGGCCUACAAAAAUAGCGCGUUGGAAUGAAUUUUUAACAGAAGUGAAGCGGUACAACUUUUUUGAACAGGAGAUAUUCAAGAGACCACAAUUUUUUCAUGGUGUACAAAGAGUCGUUGAGACAAAUGUCUACACAGCUAUGGAAGUCAAUAUAUUUGGUGUAUUGAACGAGGUUAUGAAAAAAUAUAUGUUUGCAAAGCAGAAGGAUUCCGACUUCUCUAGAAAUGACCCUAAUAUUGGUCCUUUCGUACCUGAUUAUACUUGCCGUCUUAAAAUUAACGAUACUUUCACGAAGAAAAUCUUGGCAUUAGAAAUCAAGAGAGACAUCCUUUUAAGGGAUUUGGUAGGAUUGACUGAUGAAAAGCUGGAAAGGCAAGAUUUUAGUUCCCAUUCACAUGAUAUAAUUAGGCAAAUUUACAAUUAUAUGUCAUCAUUACAACUUCAAUAUGGAAUUCUUUCAAGUUAUGAUAUUCACUUUUUCCUGUAUCGACCAAAACAUACUCAUACGGAGCUUCACAUUUCACACCCUCUUCAACGUGUUUCAAUCAAUCCACCAGUGCUUAAAUCAUACGCAUAUUUGGCUCAGUUAGCAGAGGAAGAUUCCACAUCUCCCCAUCAUAACAUAAUGAAUAGUAGUAGACAAAAUUUAGCUUUACAGCAAAGUCAACAAAAUUUUGGAGGUGGCCAGAUUCCCAGAAGUUUGAAUAAUUCUCGUUAUAACUUGAGAAGUUUGUCGAGAACGUCUGAUAACCGAGGAUCACGGGAAAAUCAGGAUCCAAUGGAACAUGUUUUUGAUUGUUCUGAAUUUAAGUUUGAACGUUCAUUAGGCUAUGGACAAACCGGAGGGACUUACCGAUGCGAAUUCCAUGGGCAAAUAAUAGCUCUGAAGGCCUUAGAUCUAUAUAAGAAUAGAAAAUUUUUUUAUAAAAUGCAAAAUGAAAUCGAAAUAUACAAUCUUCUUUCUAAAGUUCAAGGAUUAUAUAUUCCAAAAUUGGUAUGUUAUGGUUAUUAUGGGGGUGGAAUGGGCUAUGUUAUGGGUAUGACAAUUGUUGGUACUAUUUUGAACUUACAUAAAAUAGAGGAAUGGCAAAAGGAUAUGGCUCUCAAGGCAUUAAAGAUAAUUCAUAGUCAUAACGUUCUUCACAACGAUAUUCGAAAAGAAAAUAUCUUAGUUAAUGAAAAAGGUAAUGUAUAUUUUAUUGACUUUGGGAAGUCAAUUGUUACUGAUAAAAAGGAGCUGUUUCUACAAGAGGAAUCUGAAUUAUCCCGUUUAUUCGAUUGCUAUAUGUAA